AUGGGCCGCCAAAAGCAAACAAUGCCGCUCCAGCGCAGUCCCUCGUCAGAGAUGAUGCAUUCAUACCCCGACGCAACAGAAGCAGCAGAGAAACGUGGAAAUGGGCAAAUUGCUGAGCAGGCACCUGUCAACGGCCGUGCUUCCUCUCAUCAAGCACCGGUUUCCGUUGAGUCGGUGGCUGAUACUCCUGGCUUGAUGCAGCUACUCAUCUGUGUCCUCGGCAUAUAUGCAGCUUUCCUGUCAUGGGGAGUCCUGCAAGAAGCCAUCACGACCACGAGCUACCCACUUCGAUCCCCGACAGCGUCGGAGCCAGAGCCGCCGACAGAGCGCUGGACGUAUUCUCUUGUCCUCAACACCGUCCAAUCCACUUUCGCCGCAAUCACAGGCUUUCUCUACCUCUUCUUCUCAACCCCAAGAAGCCAAAGCGUCCCUUCAAUUUUCCCGACGCGCCGUAUUCUCUUCCCCCUCUUGCUCGUCAGCAUCUCCUCUUCGCUGGCUUCGCCCUUUGGGUACGCCAGUCUCGCGCACAUUGAUUAUCUCACCUUCAUUCUGGCCAAAUCAUGCAAACUCCUCCCGGUCAUGGCCCUCCACCUGACCAUCUUCCGCAAGCGCUACCCGCUCUACAAAUACAUGGUUGUGCUCCUUGUCACUCUCGGAGUUGCUACAUUCACUCUCCACCACCCCAGCACGAGCAAGAAGGUCGCCGCUUCAGCGGCCAAGCAAUCUGGCUCAUCGAUGUGGGGGAUUUUCCUCCUCUCGAUCAAUCUGCUGCUGGACGGGUUGACCAACACCACACAAGAUCAUGUAUUCACCUCUCCUCAGCUCUACACCAAGUUCACCGGCCCUCAAAUGAUGGUUGCGCAGAAUGUUCUGUCAACCGUCCUCACCGCCACCUAUCUCUUGGUGAUGCCCCAGCUCUCUCAGAGCGGCAUUCUGCACAAUCUUCUGCCCGUGCCCAUCCCACCAUCUACGGAAACAGAACUUUCCUCAUCUAUCGCUUUUCUGUCGCGGCAUCCCGAGGCCUUGAAGCAUGUGCUCGGGUUUGCUGCCUGUGGAGCCGUUGGGCAGCUGUUCAUUUUCUAUACCUUGUCGCGAUUCUCGUCGCUUCUGCUCGUUACAGUCACCGUGACUCGCAAGAUGCUGACGAUGCUGUUGAGUGUGUUCUGGUUUGGUCACACCUUGAAACCGGGGCAGUGGCUGGGAAUCGCCCUUGUCUUUGGCGGAAUUGGUGCCGAAGCAGUGGUGCAGAGACAGGAAAAGAAGACCAAGGAGCGAGCCAGGUUGGAAGCUGCCAAGAAGAAGGAGUAG